AUGCGGUUCCAGCUGUCGAGCUUCGGGCUUAUUUCCCUGUCGGCACUGCUACCUAAGUGUCAGGCAUUCAGCAUUACAGAGACGGGCGAUGCAAAUGCUCUGGCCUCUGCGAUAUUCGGUCCGGGUAUAGAAAUCCUGGGUGCAACUUUCUCAGGCGCAUCGCAAAGCUCUGGAACGUUUGUCGAUGGACCUUUUGGUAUCGGGAGUGGUGCGAUACUGACUUCCGGUUUGGCUACUGGAGCAUUGCCAGGUGGUAACAAAAAUGUCAACAACGAAGCACCCGGAUCGGUCACAUACUGUGGUAGUGGCAGUUCCAAUGCAGCUGUACUCAGGGUUGAAUUCUUCGUUUAUCCCGCCUAUAAUGGUAUCAGAAUUGAGUUUAUCUUUGCAUCACAAGAAAUUGGAGAUGCGCCUGACCCCAUCGGUAUAUUCGUUGAUGGCACGCAAUACGCCUUGGAUCCCAACGGAAAUGCGAUCAAUGCUGCGAGCCCCUAUCUUUUUUCGCCUUUCGGCAUCAGACCGCCUGAUAGCCUCACCUCCUAUUAUAGCUCGUCACCACCUUUCUGGAUUGACAUCCCCGCCACAUUUAGUUCCACUACCAUGGUAAUUGCAGUUUGCGAUACAAAUGAUGGGGCGUUUGAUACUGGGCUUUUGAUAAACGUUGAAGCCUGUGUCGACUGCGAUGAUGAUAUUCGCUUUGCCUACGUGACUACCACGGUUCCAUUGCCGGCAGAUCUACUACCAUAUACCACGACUAUCCCCCCUUCAGGGACUGUAUCUGGUACAGUCAGGAUCGGGGUUGAAGAAUCUACAACUACUACUGCCGAAGAAACUACAACGACUGCUGACUUGGGAACAACUACCACUACGGCCGGCGAAAUCACUACUACUACCGCUGACGAAGUUACUACAACCACUGCAGACGAAUCAACAACUACUACUGCCGAUGAGACCGUAACUACUACAGCCGACGGAACAACUACCGCUAUUACUGACGGAACAACGACUACUACCCAAUCAUCCUCCACAGACUUAACUAGCGAUGACCCUACGGCUGUCACCACCCAAGAGGCUACUACAAGUGGAACCACUGAGACAUCAACCGAGGAUGGUAGUACAAUCAUAUCUUCAACACAGCUGCCGGGUACUACUACAUCUACUCUUACGACAAGUGGUACAACGACAGAGUCUUCAACCAUUGCGACUGAGUCGGAUACCGUAACUACAACAUCCCCAGAUUCAUCCACUGAGAGUACGACGGGUACAGAGACGACUGAUAUUUCUGAUGCCCCUAUCGAUGGUACUACUACGACCUCGGUCGAUGUUGAAACACCCUCCAUAAGCUCGACAGUCUCGACCUUCACGAAUGAACCCACCAAGAGUACGAGUAGUGGAAUCUCAAUCGAUGAUACCACAGUUCCCAAUCUCGGUACUACAACUACAGCAGAGUCUCUGGGAACAACCACGGUCCAGAAGAUUGAGUCUUCAACCAACCCUAUCACUCCCUCCUCUCUUGUGCCCGAGGAGGAAACAAGCUCCAGCGAUAUAGUCAUUACUUCAACGGCUGACGACGUGCCAACACCGCCAACAUCGACUUCGUCUGCCAUGCCAUCCAACUUGGCAGUUAUUGGAAACUUCAGGUUCUUUGGAUGUCUAGGAUCUCCAGAGGGUUAUCCCAGCUUCGAAUUGAUCGGUGAAACCUCCGACAUGACGACCGCGGAAUGUGUAAGGCUCGGAGCCGGGCGUGCUUAUAUCGGCAUCUACCUAAGAUCUUGCUAUGCAGCAGAUACUUUGGACGCUGCCGACACGGUUGCGGAUGGUCGUUGCGACUUACCAUGCCCUGGAGAUCCAGGCCUCUUCUGCGGUGGAGUGGUCGACGCAAACUCAAAUCCCGAAUCACGAUUCAAGUCCCGUGGACGUCUCAGCCGUCGAGAUGCUCCUCCGGGUAUCCUUCUCACCUUGUAUGCUCAAAUUGAAGCCAUUUCUGGUACUCUCACAUCUUCAGACACUAUCAGCACUGUUGACGCAAUAACAAGCAACUCUCUUUUACCUACUGGAGACUCUACCAUUCCUUUGCCUCUUUUGUCAAGCACGCAAUCAUUUAUCGACUCAGCUAUCACCGUUGAACCAUCGGAGCCUGUCACUCGAUCGCAAGGCGGUCGACCUAUCAUUCCCCCAUUCCCAACCAGUGCCACCUUCAAUUUGGGUAACUCUACAAGCACCAGGGUCGGAGUAGCACCGAUAGUCACUACCGUAACAUAUACGGUUGUUGAUCCCAAUAACCCAUCGCAUUUAACUGUGACUGAGUUUUGCAGUACCCUGAGACCUUCUCCUUGUCGUCUAUGCCAGCACCAGCCACGACCAACGGUGGAAAUGACAACCAUCAAAGUCGAUUGCAAUGCUUGUGGUCACUCGGGCGAGAACACUAUCCUUCUUGAAGUUCCAGCCGGUGCAGCUGUAGCAGCUCAGACGAGGGAUCAUGCUGCUUAUCAAACUCACCGAGUGCAACAUCAUGAGCCCAGCCCAUAUGAACAGAACCCUCACCCUAUUGAGGGAGACUCUCAAAAUUGGCAAAAGCCUCGACCACAAAGCGAUCUACCUACCACUGGAGACAGACCACAUGAGGGCGACGGAGGGUAUAGGUUUGAUCAACCUCAGACUCACCACGACCGUCCUGUUGGGGCUGGAGACUAUGAUGAAGGCAAGCCGGCUAAAGUGAGCGAAACAGAACAAAGGCCUGGUGGCCAACCUGUUGAAGUGCCUAAGACGGAACCAAAGCCUGACACGGUGGGAGGGAGUGACCAGCCCAAGCCCAUGGAGCCAACAUUCCACCGUAGGCCAGGUCCGGCCUCUACACCGGCGGCGCCGAAUGCUCCUAUCGUGGUGGUCUCUGCAGCGGUAUCGAAAGCAAUGGAGGGGAUGUUGGUGACGAUGUUCUUUUUUGCUGGGCUUGUUUUCCUUUUGUAA